AUGCAUGUGCCACCUGUGCUCGUGCCAAGUGCCGUUGCGUCCACCGGGUUGGUGGUGGCGGCCGCUGUGAAAGGUGAGUGGACCAACACCAUGCGGAGGAACACUAUCCACGCAGUGGGAUGGGAACUGGUUGGGAAUGUAUUCGAGUCUGAUAUUAUUCACAGAUGUCAUCGUUUGAACAAAGGAUGCCGCGUUCCUCAGGGACGUCGCAAGACCCAGCCCAAGACCUUGUUUCAGCUGGAACGGAAAAUGGAUGGCUUGAUGUCGCUGCUGACCUCCUCCGGCGGUCGGACGGAUCUGCCAACGCCGGUUCGGGGACAACCUGAGGUGCAGGGGAUGGGGCAACCUGAGGUCGAAUCAGAAAGAGAAGACGAAGAAACAUUAGGAAGUGAAGAAGAGUCUCUGCACGCUUUUCGGACCCAGCGGCUGCAGUUCCUCCCCCUGAUCCACAUACCAGCCACAACAACCGCUGGUGAUCUGAAACGACAGUCACCAUUUCUGUGGCGUUGUAUUUCUGCUGUGGAAAGUAAGCAUACAGCACGUCAAGCAACCUUGUGUGUUAGGAUCCGGGAGUUGGCGGGCAAGCGGCUGCUGGUCGACUGCGAUAAGUCUCUGGAUCUAUUGCAGGGAGUAUUGGUCUAUCUUGCAUGGGUCACGUUGCACAGCCAGCCGCAAAAGUCAUCGCUCUGUAUAUAUUCCCAAAUGGCGAUCGGGCUAGUCUUCGAGCUGGGCCUCAACAAGCCCGCGCCUCCGGAUCUUAGCAUGACAGUCUCGAACUCCAAUGCCGUAGGCCAUAUGCCGGGUUUGGAAGCAUCGAUUUCAACUCGGCGCACGAUGAAUGAACGCCGGGCAGUAUUGAGCUGCUUUGUGCUGACUUCUAUAAUCGCGCAGUUCUUGGGUCGAAUGGAACCACUGCAAUGGACCCCACAUAUGAAGCAAUGUCUUGAUAUUUUAGCGGACAGUGAAGAAUCGCCUGGUGAUGGAGUGCUAGUCCAGUUCACGCGUACCCGACUUCUCGUGGACCAGAUUCUUCAAGGCCCCUGGAGUGAGGGUCUGUAUGGCCUCAAUUCGGCGCAAACCCUAGCCGCCUUCCAUCUCAAGGCACUCCAGUCACGGUUGGAGACGAUCAAGGCUGAGAUUCCCAUUCAACUGGCUGACAACAUUAAGCCCCUUGCAGACGAGGAAUUCAGCCCCCAGCGGCUUGAUCACCUCUACGCCUGUCUCCACGAGGUGAAACACUGGAUACACGUCCCUGGCGCUCCCUUAUCUUACACAGGUGUCGCACUGCCUGGUGACCCUCUUCCGCCUAUCUACUUUGGACUAUCCGGGAUGGGAAAAAGCACGGCGGACAUACUUGUCAUUGCGGAGCAGAUUGCCACACGCAUGGCCCAGGUGGCGGAUGCGGUUGGGAUGCGCAGUGAGGGCGCGUAUGGCGAUCCGUUUAGUAAAUUGGGGAUGAUUUGGGCAGUACGAUUACCAGAGUGCCCGGAGGUGGUUGCGGACCAAAGCCCAGGCGAACCAUUCUGGUCGAGCAUCGAGAUGGGUGAUCUGGAUUGCUUUAUGAAUUGGUCAGAGAUGGGGUGGGUGAUGGAAGGGGCUGGGACCGGGGGAUUCAUACAAUGA